AUGCUUGAAUUAGCAUCUGAUCUAGACCUGCCACCACGUGGUGAUGGUUGGCACAUGCUGCGAGAAGGUCGGAUCCCGGAAGAGUUUACAAAAGGUAUCCCGCCGAAGCUGCGUCGACUGAUAUUUUUGAUGAUGGAGCUCAACCCAGAAAAGCGUCCCACAGCGCGUGAGCUCUUCAAUGAUUCAACUAUACAGUACUAUCUCAGGAAGCGUUAUCCGCUGAAUUACAGUAUGGCUCGGUUCAUCAAAAAGGCGUGGACUGCUUUAAUUUUUUUAUUAUGGGUCGUUGCUCUGCCAUUCAUACUACCUGCAAAAUGGCUGACUUCACACAAGCUCUGGAAAGCUUCACUUCGUAUUGAGAAAGCCUUCCAUCGUGAUUGGAGACCUUCACUCAAAAGACAAGAGGUUUGUGCCUUGCACCCCUUAAAUACCAAUACAGGUGAUGACAAAGGUUCUCCUUAUUGGAAGAAUGAAGAUUCUUCAAAUGUAUGUCAUGAUACAACUCAAUCUCCGCCUCUUAAAGGUAUUGCCCACAACGACAGGUCGUUGGAGGACAAGAUACAUUGCAAUGAUCCACCUGAGAAGAGCAGCAGUCCUCAGUGUUCUACUGCUAUUAGAGAGUUAAGUACCACUAGGCCUGCUGAGGCCAAAGAUGCCAGUUUUUUGGAAAACAAUGGUUUUUCGACACCUCCAUCUGCAAAACCAAUAAACGAUGAAAACUUGACUGGUAUAGUAGGAUCCAGCUCCCCUGUCUCUUCCCGUUAUGUGAUGGAGCCGGGAUUUGCACGUAACAUUAUGUCUGCCCCGGUACGUCGGCCGCCGUACCGCCUUCUUCGUUCGGGGAAGUUUAGGUCUAUUCCAAAACUUGACUUCAGCCUAACAGACGUUGAUAAUGCGCCUCUUAAGGAAGCCGUUAUACCUCGUCAGACUGCCGGCAGAGAGGUUGGAGAUCGAGGCAGUUCAGCUGACGAGCUUGAUUACUGA